CACCUGACCACCCCCCCUUCCUUCAGGGGCACACUUUUUGCAAGGCUGUAAUUUUUCUGGGUCCCCUGAGGGCAGCUGAGCGCCUAGGGGGGGCAGCUGUCCCCCGGGCAGCAUUUUGUAUUACAUUGGGAGUGUGGGGGGUAAGGGUUCAGCCGGGGUCAGGCAGCGCAGACGGCUCCGCCCUCUGCCCCCCUCCCCGGGUUCCCAUGUCCAUUCCAAGAUGGCUGGGAUCCCUUUGUAUUUUGUGGAUUUGCAGGAUGACUUAGAUGAUUUUGGAUUUGAAGACUAUGGACCAGAUUGUGAUAGCAUGAGGAUAACUGCAUUCUUGGAUAUUCCAGGACAGGAUAACUUGACUCCACUUGCUCGUUUGGAAAAAUAUGCCUUUAGUGAGAAUAUAUUUAAUCGACAGAUUAUUGCCAGAGGUCUACUUGAUGUUUUUCGAGAUUUCAGUAAUAAUGAAGAAGAUUUCUUGACGGUAAUGGAGAUAGUGGUCAGAUUGUCCGAAGAUGCAGAGCCUACUGUACGGACGGAACUGAUGGAACAAAUACCUCCCAUUGCCAUUUUUCUUCAAGAAAGUCGACCAAACUUCCCAACAGCAUUUUCUGACUACCUUAUGCCCAUUGUAGUGAGAUACCUUACAGACCCUAAUAACCAGGUUAGAAAAGCAAGUCAGGAAGCACUGCUGAUACUGAUAGAACAAGAUCUCAUUGCUCAAAAUGAUAUAGAAAAUAAGGUGUGCCCAAUUCUGUUGGACCUCUCUGCUCCAGACAGUGAUGAUGAGUACAAAGUGGAAGCAGUGAAUAUAAUUUGUAAAAUGGCUUCUAUGCUGAGCAAAACUACUGUUGAACAUAUGCUACUUCCCCGUUUUUGUGAGCUAUGUGGUGAUGGGAAGCUGUUCCAAGUCCGUAAGGUUUGUGCAGCUAGCUUUGGUGAUAUUUGUAAUGCAGUUGGACAAGAAGCCACAGAGAAAUUUUUGAUUCCAAAGUUUUUUGAACUCUGCUCUGACAGUGUUUGGGGAAUGCGAAAAGCUUGUGCUGAAUGCUUUAUGGCUGUGUCUUACACCACUUCCCCAGAAGUUCGCAGAAGCAAGUUGUCUCCUCUCUUUAUCAACCUUAUCAGUGACCCCUGCAGAUGGGUUCGUCAAGCUGCUUUUCAGUCUCUAGGCCCUUUUAUUUCUACCUUUGCAAACCCUUCUAGUGCUGGCCUUUAUAUACGGGAGGAUGGAACCCUCAGUAUCCGACCAUCAGCACAAGAUGUGAUUUUCAAUUCCUGCCAAGCAGGCAACAAUGCAAACAUCACAGUUGCCAGUCUGAACAUUGUAGCCUCCAGUUCAGAACAACCAAUAGAAAUUAAAUUGGAAUCAUCAACUAAAGGGACGUCAGCAGAAGCCAACCCCUUGAUUUGUGUUGAAAUCCCAAGAACAGACCUACUGAAAGAAAAUUUAAACAGUUGUGCUAGUCCUGAAGGGGAUCUGACUAGAUUGUCCCAGAGUGACAAUACCACUGCUUGUGUGAUAGAAGGCAUUAAAGACUGCCAUGUGAGUGAUUGCCAGAAAGUGAACUCGAGGUUCCAGUCUGCUGAGGAUGUCUUUAACAAUUUCCUGUACUGGCGUCCUCCACUCCCUGAUAUAAGCCAGGAUUUGGAACUGCUUCAGUCCAAGACUGAGAAGCAUGAAGAAGGCUGCUCUGUGUCGAAGGCUCUGUGUAGUAACUGCGUUGCCAGUAGUGAAAUUAAAAAAGUGCUGGAAAGCUUGCAGGAUCACAUGAAUGAUCCAGACGUUCAAGCCCAGGUUCAAGUAUUGUCUGCUGCGCUCCGAGCUGCUCAGUUUGAGUCCAUAAGUGAUUAUGAGGCCAAGCACACCGAAGAAAGUAGUGGCAAACUUCAGAAUGAGUUGUCUGCUUUUGAAACCAGCCAUCCCACUGUGGAAAAGAGCACAUUGUCAUCUUCAUCCUUCCAGGAUGAUGUGAGCAACUCAUCCACUACUAGUAUGCUGAAAAGCACAGAAUUAAAGGAACAAUACAAUGGGACCUUUGAAUUUUUAAAGAAAGAACAACGUAAUAAUUCACCCUCUGAAGAUGAUAAAUCAAAAUUACAGGAUAUCAUACCUCAGCCUUUAUUAGACCAGUACUUGUCAAUGACUGACCCAGCUCGAGCUCAGACUGUUGACACUGAAAUAGCAAAACACUGCGCAUAUAGUCUCCCUGGGGUGGCCUUAACUCUGGGCAGGCAGAACUGGCACUGUUUGAAAGAUACGUAUGAGACCUUGGCAGCAGAUGUCCAGUGGAAGGUCCGUCGAACACUAGCUUUCUCCAUACAUGAGCUGGCUGUUAUUCUGGGGGAUCAACUAACAGCAGCUGAUCUGGUGCCAAUAUUCAAUGGAUUCUUAAAAGAUCUGGAUGAAGUGCGCAUUGGAGUCCUUAAACAUCUCUACGACUUUCUUAAGUUGCUUCAUGCAGACAAAAGGCGCGAAUACCUUUUCCAGCUUCAAGAAUUUGUCGUGACUGAUAACAGCAGCAAUUGGAGGUUUCGUUACGAGCUGGCAGAACAGCUGAUUCUAAUAUUAGAACUCUACAACCCCAAUGAUGUAUAUGACUACUUAAGGCACAUUGCAUUAACUCUCUGCUCAGAUAAAGUAUCGGAAGUCAGGUGGAUCUCCUUCAAACUGGUUGUAGCAAUACUACAGAAGUUUUAUGCAAAUAAUGCAAAUGCGUUGGGAUUAAAUUUCAUUAAUGAACUUGUAGCAAAGUUCCGUCAUUGUUCUAGGUGGAUUGGAAGACAAGCUUUUGCUUUCAUCUGUCAGGCUAUAGUAGAAGAAGAGUGUAUGCCUGUUGACCAUUUUGUUGAACACUUACUUCCUAGUCUUUUAAGUCUGGCUUCUGAUCCUGUGCCAAAUGUAAGGGUUCUGUUAGCCAAGGCUCUAAGGCAAACGCUGUUGGAGAAAGAUUAUUUUAAAAGUGUUGGCAGCCCUCAUCUAGAAGCUGUGGAAGAGACUGUUCUAGCUUUACAGUCUGACAGAGACCAAGAUGUGUCUUUUUUUGCCACUGUAAAACCAAAACUGACCAAUAUGGACACAACUUCCCUUGAAAAAGAAAACUAAACUGUUCAUCUAGUACAAACCUCGAACAUCAAAAUGGUGAUACACUUCAAAUUCUUGGAGGAACAUAGAACUAAGCAAUUUAUUGCUUCCUUGGCCUGCUACAAAAGGGCUUGUUGGAAAUUCCAUUAUCUUCAUUCAGUGACCACUUUUAUAUCUACAGCCAUGCAUCAGAUGGGAUCACUACCUUCAUACUUUUAUUCUUUUCUUUGUAAACAUGGAUUGUAACUCAUCUCUACAAAAGGUCCAGUAUUGUAUACAUUCUUUUACAGAGUAGCACACCUGCAACAUUUCAACAGCAUCAAUAAUAGAUUUUUAAAUACUGUAUUUUAAAAAAUUCCAGUAAUAAAGUGGUUUGCUAGAAAUCCUCUAAGCUUGUAAGUUUUUAAAACCUAAAGUUAAUAAGCAUAAGUAUAGAUGCUUCUCUCACUUUAUUAUGGUUUUUAUAAUUUUGUUUAUAGUAUUGCAUUUUAUUAUUUACCUGAAAAAUGUAUAUAUGUGAAUAGCUCCUGAAACUUAGUAAAAUAAUUAAAAAAAUAUAAUCCCACAUCAGUGAAAAUCAUAGAAGCCAUUUUACUUAAUAUAACACAGGUGGCUUGUUGGAACUAAAGCAUGGCUUGCUUCUACUUUUAAUAUACAUGUGAUGCUUUUAAAAUCAGAAGGGUUGACUUUCUCUGUAUAUUGGUCACUUUUUAUUGCUUUGCCUUUUGUAAACUGUAUUAUGAUUAACUUUUCCCCUCAUUUCCUGCUGUUAAUACUUGGUCUCCUUUUUUCACUGCUAGCACUGAGGGGUAAUAUACAUGGACUGUUAACUCCGCAAACUGGAAAUAGCUAAUUAAAGGACAUUUCAUUAAAGGAACUCAAAGUUCACAAAUUAUGUGAAAUCUCUCCAAUAAGAAGAUAACAUCCCUCCCUCCCUCCCCACCCCUCCACAAACUAUGGUAUGAAAAACACUCUCUCUGGUUUGGCAUUUAGAUCCCUAGACUCUGGCGUUCUGAACUGUAAUAAGAGAGAGAGAGAGGUUCUUCUUUUAUGGUCUGUGUACAUUUCCAUAUAAUGCAGAUUUCCAAAGUACAAAAGUUGACUUAUUUUAUUCUAUAAAUUCUGUUUGUAGUAUGGUAUUUCUUUUUAUCAUUCUUUGGAUGUAAAUAAAAAAUGAAAUGGGGAAAACCAAGAUUACAUUAAUUUGAGGGUAUAUUGGUUUCUUCUCAUAUCUAAACAGGAACUUUUCAUCCUAAAAAAAGUAGGAUGAAGUCCUCUGCACUAAACCUGGUAGCUCUGGAAAAAUUGUCACAAUCUACAAAACUGAUUCUCUUUGUUGGGCCCUUCUUAUUUCAGCUGUGCCUUCCCUUGUGUACAAAGACUAGAACUAAUACAGGACCUGAUCCAAAACCCAGUGAAGUCAGUGGGCUUUGAAUCAGAAACACAUUCUUUGGCCGAAAGCAAGUGUUUAAUUAUUGUAUUAUGGGGAAAUGGAUCUCAUUUUAAUGGCAAGUAAAUUACUGCAUUCAACAUUUGCCUAAUGUGUAAACAGACCAGUGUCAGAAUAGUUCUAUCCACUUUAUUUCAUUGUUAUGAUAUGAAUUAGUUAUAGUGUCUGGAAGUUGUUUUAAAACUGGAUUGUCAGCCUCACAGCAAGUAGCUUUCCAAGCCUGAUUCCUAUGUGGGGGUUUGUUUGUUUGCUUUUGAGCAUUUAAUUUUGUAUAAAUAUUUACCAAACUAGUUUUGCAUUAUAAUGUAUAGUAUUUGUAAUAAAUUGUUUGCUUGCAAGACCAUAAGAUACUUUUAGAAACUAUAGGCAGAAAUCUAUUAUUGCUAUUUCAGAAAACAGUUUAAGCUCUGUAAAUUCCACAAGUUUCACCCUUAAUUUUUUUAUAUAAUUUAAAACAAAUGCCUCUUCAAUGCAAACCAAUUUUUAUGACUGCAAUUUCUCAGCAAAAAAAUGCAAGUUAGUUUUUUUUGUAGUUUUAAUAUCUUUUUCUAAUGCUAACAUUAUAUUAGUAUUUUUUAAACUGUUCAAAUUUUCUAAGAUUGUUCCAACCAGGUUUUAUUUUUAUUGAUUGUUAACAGGUUGCUAAAUUUCUCAGCACUGAUCAUAACUUUUUAAAGUGUAGAUAGAUAUUUUACAUGUACUGUAUAUAAACUGGUUACUUUGAACAUUAAUACAACCCAGCUUUCUGCUUCCAUAAUCAUCUUUAAAAUGACCUUAUCUUGCAAUAACUUACUGGAAAACAUAAAUUUCUUUGUGUCUGUGGAAAGGUGAGAUUGUUUUUCAUGAUGGUAUUCUUAGAAUCACUUGCAAGGCACCAACUAAGAUCACUAAAUGUCCAAACCAAAAAUGUGUGUGAAAUCUUUUUUAGCACCUUUAUAACUCCAGAAAUUCAUGUCCAUUUUAAAUGAUGUGAUUUGGGGUUUUUUUUUUAGGAGAGCUUUUAAAAAUGUGUUAAAACUCAAUAGCUGCAUGCACCAGAUGAGACCAACAUAAACCUUUUAACUUCAGACAACAUGCAGUUCUAUUAAACUAACUCACUUUUUCCAAGGUGCGUAUUUUGUUUUCAUUUUAUAAUGGAAAUAUGACUUCAGCAUAACUUGAGACUGCACUUUACCACUCACACUAGUCAAAUGGUUACAAUGAAAAUUAAAGCUGGGUAUUCAUAUGCAAUUCUCUGGGUUGUUUAAAUUAUGCAAAAACUGUAUUUUAGAAGCCAGAGGGAGCAAGUGAGGUAGUCUGUCCACUUUCACAAAAGCAGCAAGAAUAUUGCUCUAAAACACACUUGGCCAAAGGACAUGAGAAUAACAUUAGUGGUGCAAUAUUGCUUGGAUGCUAUAGAAAAUUCAGGCACUUGUAAUCCAAAGCAUGCUCGUCAUGUUGCUUAGAAUUCAGACUCACUGUAUCCACUAUACAUUAUACACACUUGACAACUAACAGGAUACUGCCCUAGUGGCAAUUUUUAUCUGUAACAGUGUUUAGAGCCCAAAUAAGUGGAGACACUCUGGAAGUGCCACUGAUUUGCCAGAAUUUAGAAUCUAUGUAACUUUCUGUUGUAUUUAUCUCAAUAAAUCUUAUGACUGUUUUA